AUUUUGCUUAAAAAGUCCCUACUUUUCUCCAAAAACCUGUAGGCUUUGGUUGAAUCGUUUGUGGAAAGAUCCAAAUUUUUCCCCAAUCUGAAGCUCAUAGAGAAAAAGAUUAUCUAAGAAGAUGACUUGUGUUCUUAAGCGACGAAUUGUGUACGCGAUUCGAGAUUUCCCACCUGGUUGUGGAACUCACUCUGAUACUUCUGGGUUCAAUCAUCCUCAGAGAUCCAUCAAGAACCCGAGGAUUGAUCAUGUUUUUGCAUCUCGGGAACCUUUUGAAAUCUGUCUCAAACCAGAACAAGAGUUUGAAUACGCUGAUGAUUAUGAUCUUGUUGCAGUUCCUAAACCUAAAGGAACCUGUCUCAAACAAGAACCGGAGAUUAGAAACUCUGUUCAUGGUCAUGGCCGUUUUGAUGCGGCGCUUAGAAGCUCUGAACAUGAUCCUACUCCUCGUGAGAAAGUCCUUGAGGCGUUGCGUAUCUACAAAGAAAUUUUCAGAGAGUUGGAGCGAGAGAAACAAGCAAGGGUUGGUGGAGAUUUGUUCUGUGGUAGAAACAGAAUAGACCUAAAAACUCAAGCUGUGUUAGAGAAGAUGGGGAAGCAAGUGAACACGGAGAAGAGGAUUGGAUCGGUUCCUGGAAUCAAAGUUGGAGAUGUGUUUCAGUACAAGACUGAGCUUCUUGUUGUCGGUCUUCAUUUCAAGAACAGGUGUGGGAUAGAUUUUAUGAAAGCUGGAGAUGUUAACCUCGCGACAAGCAUCGUUGCUUCAGAAGGAUAUGGUUACGGUGAUAAGUUCGAUUCUGGUGUUAUAGUUUACACAGGUGAAGGAGGGAACGUGAUUAGCAAGGAAAAGAAAACUGAAGAUCAGAAAUUGAUCAAAGGUAAUUUGGCUUUGGCUAAUAGCAUGAAGAAGAAGAGUUUGGUGAGAGUGAUACGUGGCGAAGGGAGAUUGGAUCGAAAAGGGAAACGGUAUGUGUAUGAUGGAUUGUAUUUGGUUGAAAAAUACUGGUCAGAGAAAGAUGUUAGAGGUAAGACUGUGUACAAGUUUAAGCGUUGUAGAAUUCCUGGUCAACCUCGGUUGAGUUUCAGCUAAAUGAAAUAAAUCUAAG